AUGAAAUACCCGUUUCUUGUAAAUCAAAACCCCUUUUCUCCACAUCAUUUCGCCACCUUAUUACAAAAAUGCUUGAAAUCAAAAUCUUUAACACCAUGCAAGCAAAUCCAUGCUCUCAUCUUAACUUCAGGCGUUGACAUGAAUUCUCUUUCUCUACAUUCAAAGUUGGUAGGUGUUUACGCAAACUGUGGUUGUUUCACUUCCGCUCAUUCCAUGUUUCAAAUCACUGAAAACCUUAAUGUUUUUGCUUACAAUUGGAUGAUUUCGGCUUUGACAUUCAAUGGGUUUUUCAAAGAAGCUAUAAACUACUUCUCUUUACUUCAACAAUCAAAAAAUCUUGUUCCUAAUAGCUACACUUUUCAGUUCCUAUUGAAAUGUUGCGUCGGUUUGAGUGAUCCAAACAAGGGUAAAGAGGUUCAUUGUGCGACAUACAAAUUCGGGCAUCACGCCAAUUCAUCUGUCGUCAACUCCUUGAUCGAAAUGUACUGCAAAUGUGACUCCCUACUUUACGCCCGCCAACUGUUCGAUAAAAUGUCUCAACCAGACAUCAUUUCUUGGACGAACAUGAUUUCUGCCUAUUCCAAUUCUGGGCAACUCCAAGAAUCACAAUCACUAUUCAACAAGAUGAUAUUAACAGGAUUAGAACCUAACGAAUUCACAUGGAAUGCAUUGAUAACUGGAUAUGCUAGAAUCGGAGACUGUGAUGGAGCAUUCACCACAUUCUCUAAAAUGACCAAAACCGGUUUGAUUCCUGAUGUGGUUACAUGGAACACCAUGAUUUCUGGCUUUGUUCAAAGUCAACAAACCAUCAAAGCCAUGGAAUUAUUCAACCAAAUGUUGGUAGCCAAAGUCAAACCCAAUCCUAUAACCAUCACCGGAAUCCUCCCUGCAAUCACAUCCAUGGGCUCGGUGAAUUCAGGGAGAGAAAUCCAUAGCCAAAUCUUUAAAAUAAAUAUGCAUACAAAUCCUUUCAUUUCAAGUGCCCUGAUUGACAUGUAUUCCAAAUGUGGGUGUGUUAAAUUAGCAAGAAAAGUGUUUGACACCACAAGUUCCAAGAACAUUGCUUCAUGGAAUGCAAUGAUUGGAUGCUAUGGGAAACACGGGAUUAUCGAUUCAGCUAUUGAACUAUUCCACAAAAUGGAAAAAGAAGGAGUUGACCCGAAUCAAAUCACGUUGACUUGUGUUCUUGCUUCGUGUAGCCAUGGUGGAUAUGUGGACAAAGGUUUGGCGAUCUUUAUGCGGGUUAAAGAAAGUCAAAAGGUCAAGAUUAGGGAUGAACAUUACGGUUGUGUUGUGGAUAUGCUUUGUAGGUCAGGGAAGAUGGAAAUGGCGUAUGAUUUGAUGCAGGAAUUGGGUGUCGGAAUGACUGAUUCCAUGGUUGGGGCUUUCUUGAAUGGGUGUGUGGUGUAUGAUAGGGGAGAUUUGGCUAAAAAGAUGAGUGAGGAGGUGGUGAAGAGGCCAGGAGGGUUUGUUGGUUUGUGUAAUGUUUAUGCUGGUGAAGGGGAAUGGGAAAAAGUUGAGAGGUUAAGAGAAGUUAUGAAGGUGCAUGGGGUGAAAAAGGAACAUGGGUUUAGUUAUUUGUUUGAUAAAAUGUAA